AUGGGAGCACGCGCUGCGAGGCCCCGCGGUCCGCGCCGUGGUGCUGAAAACGCUGCGCGCCGAAGGCGGGCGCCCGGCGCGCGCCAACCGACCCGCUCCCGGAGUACGCGAGGCCGGAGCGUGGCUCGGGGCCUGCGCUUGACAGCCCCUGCCUGGCGGGCGCCCAGAGUCGCCAGGCCGGAGAUGGCCCCCGAUCCAGUGGCCGCCGAGACCCCGGCCCGGGGGCCCACCCCGCGCUACUUCACCUGGGACGAGGUGGCGCAGCGCUGCGGGCGCGAGGAGCGGUGGCUCGUGAUCGACCGGAAGGUGUACAACAUCAGCGAGUUCACCCGCCGCCACCCGGGGGGCUCCCGAGUCAUCAGCCACUACUCCGGGCAGGAUGCCACGGAUCCCUUUAUGGCGUUCCACAUCAACAAGGGCCUUGUGAGGAAGUAUAUGAACUCUCUCCUGAUUGGGGAACUGUCUCCGGAGCAGCCCAGCUUUGAGCCAACCAAGAAUAAAGAGCUGACUGAUGAGUUCCGGGAGCUGCGGGCCACGGUGGAGCAGAUGGGGCUCAUGAAGGCCAACCAUGUCUUCUUCCUGCUGUACCUGUUGCACAUCCUGCUGCUGGAUGUUGCUGCCUGGCUCACACUUUGGGUCUUUGGGACAUCCUUCGUGCCCUUCCUCUUCUGUGCAAUGCUGCUCAGCGUAGUUCAGGCCCAGGCUGGCUGGCUCCAGCAUGACUUUGGUCACCUGUCAGUCUUCAGCACCUCUACAUGGAACCACCUGGUACAUCAUUUUGUGAUUGGCCACCUGAAGGGGGCCCCUGCCAGUUGGUGGAAUCACAUGCACUUCCAGCACCACGCCAAGCCCAACUGCUUCCGCAAAGACCCAGACAUCAACAUGCAUCCCUUCUUCUUUGCCUUGGGAAAGAUCCUCUCUGUGGAACUUGGGAAACAGAAGAAAAAGUACAUGCCAUACAACCACCAGCACAAAUACUUCUUCCUAAUCGGGCCCCCAGCCUUGCUGCCUCUCUACUUCCAGUGGUAUAUUUUCUAUUUUGUUUUCCAGCGGAAGAAGUGGGUGGACUUGGCCUGGAUGAUCACCUUCUACACCCGCAUCUUCCUCACUUAUGUGCCGCUGUUGGGGCUGAAAGGCUUUCUGGGCCUUUUCUUCAUGGUCAGGUUCCUGGAAAGCAACUGGUUUGUGUGGGUGACACAAAUGAACCACAUCCCCAUGCAUAUUGACCACGACCGAAACGUGGACUGGGUCUCCACCCAGCUCCAGGCAACAUGCAACGUCCACAAGUCUGCCUUCAACGACUGGUUCAGUGGACACCUCAACUUCCAGAUCGAGCACCAUCUUUUUCCCACAAUGCCCCGACACAAUUACCACAAAGUGGCUCCCCUGGUGCAGUCCCUGUGUGCCAAGCAUGGCAUAGAGUACCGGUCCAAGCCGCUGCUCUCAGCCUUCGCCGACAUUGUCCACUCACUGAAGGAGUCGGGGCAGCUCUGGCUAGAUGCCUAUCUUCACCAGUAACAACAGUCCCCAACCCCCACCUGAAGAGGAAGAGGACUCUGGAGCCAAAGCAGAGGAGAGCUUGAGGGAACAUGCCAUUACAGUUCUAAUAUUCAGAGGGGGGGUGGGUUUGGGGACACAAAGGCUCUGACUCAAACCCUUCCCCUUUAUCUUCUAGGCACAGAUCUAAGACCCAAAGAGGGGUGGGGGGACAUGCAAGCCUCCCAGAAGGAGGAAAGGAGCUGUGGGGCCAGGAAUGUGAGACAGUUUUGUUUGCUUUUUCUAGCUUGGCUGAUGCAGAUGACUGGCGAGCACAGAGGGAACCAGGAGGGUAUUAUACAAGGGGGACCUGUACAUGAAGGCAAGAAUCAAGAAGACAUUUAGCACUAAAAUCCCGCUGAUAUAAAGGGUGAACUCAUCUCACUGGCCCACUUCUCAGUGCCUUCUCCACCCUCACCUGUAAACCUGAGAGGGACAGAGCAGCUGAACUUUUUGAGCAAGAUUUAGAAAGGAAGCAUUAAUGCUUAGAAUUCUGAAGCGUAGCGUAACUCAGUGCAGGGGAACUCAGCUCACUGCCCAGGGCUAGCUGUGACCUAGGUCUACCUCAGGCUGCUGGGGAAAGCCAUUACCAGUCUCAGAAGCAGGCAGGGCAAAGCCAGGACUGUGGUAUUGCAGACAUUUGGCCCUGAAGGAUCCUGGCACUGUAGAUUUUGGCCUGUGUUUCAUCCAGAGUCUAGAGGGAAUAUUAGGUCUUAGUCCUUGCCAAAACAAAUGGUAGAGAGUUGCUGGACAUUAUAAAUCCCUUCAUCUUUUGAUUAACCUCUUCUAACUAUCCCCUCAGGAACAGAACACUCCCAGGACUGAGAGUCCAUGUCUUGCUCCAUAAGCAAGUGAGCAAAUGGGGCAGUUUAGUCUUUUCUCCUCCCUAGAAACGAACAGGUUCCCAGUGGCUUCCCUUUACUUCCCAACGUGUAAUUCCAGUUAGUGAGUACAAGUGACCAAAUUGGAAGAUACUAAUUACUGGUCAUAAAGUUUCAGUCAUAAGGAAUAUAAAGGCUAUAAGCAGAAACUUUCUAUAACCUAAAUUAUGUUACAGCAUUAUCUCUGAGCAGGAGCAGUGGGUUAAAUAUAAUCACUUAAUAGUUCUAAAUCAGAAAUAGGAAGAUUAAAAACAGAAAAACUUGUAAUCAUCAUUGCUGUAGCUAGGCAUCUUCCUCUGUCCCCUGCUACUCAAGCAUCUUAUACUUCUGGUGACCAGAUAGGAACUUAGGGAUAACUCUUGUAAAGCAUUAUCAGUCUAAUAGUGAAAUACAGUCUUUUCAUCUUCUGGUUUCGAAAAGUAUAUAACCUUUGUCUCCGGAGAGCAAACAGGAAUAUGCCCAGGACUCUUGCUUAACUCCCAGGGCUUAUCACUGGCAUUCACAUCCUCCUCUCUCCCCGAACUCACAGCCUUUCAGUCCAGGUGAAGGGAUUAUUUCUUUGCCUGUUUAACAGUCUCUACUCUAAGCAUAUUGACCAUUUUGGAUACUGGGAGAAGAACCUCAAACUGAAGGAAAAAGCAGAGCCUACAUUUAGUUUGGGGAGGAAAUGGCUGACAGUCAAGAUGAUGGUCCAAGGCACGUUGGGAUAGGGUUAGAGUGAACAGAUGGAGCAACUUAAGUCUUUUCUCCACCUAUGGUGAGGCUGGUCUGGAUUACUUAGAGGUUUGUCAAAACAAAGAAGGGGGAAAAAUAGUUGGGGAUACAACAGGUUGCAAAAGAGCUCAGAUCUUUUCGAUUUGGGCAGAUUUGGCCCUGCUGGAGAAUCUGGUUUCAAGCAGCCUGGGUAGAAAAACUAGAAGCAGAAUUGAAAAGUUCUACUUUGAUUGGCUUCCUUACUCCAGGAAUAGGUGCUGAUCCUUUCCCAUUCCUGUUUCUUGCCACCUGAGGUUUGGGUGUGGUGUCCCUAGUCUGUCAAGCCAACUGGCUCUGGGCCCAGGCUACCCAAUCUGAGCAAACACUAGUGAGGCUCUGUUGAGCCAAGAACAGGUCCUGAACCACUUAAAGAACCUGAACCACUGUAACCUUCUCUCCCCAGUCUAUCAGUGUGGUCUGUCACAUGACCAAAAAGGGACACAUCAGUGACAAAAGGCUUAUAAUGCUACAAUGGCAAAAUGAGUGAUGAGAAAAUAGGAUUAGAGAGGAAAAGUCACCUCUGGACACAUAGAUCAUGCCAGAACUAACAUUUGAACGUGUUUUUUAAAACUCCAACUUCUCUGUUUAUCUUUGUUCCUUUUUUCUUUCUACUACCUGGCGGGAGGCAUUUUCUUUAAUCAGGCCCCAUAUCGGUAUGCUUUUUAUGUGUGCCAAUUUUGUUGUCACAUCUCAAUGAAAUAAACCUGAAAAAUAAAGUUGAUUUUGACCAAA